AAUUAUGAGAGAUAGGCCGAUAAACCGUUAGAUUUUAACAAUAAUACUUUAUUUCUAUUUUACCGGGUUAUGUAGCGACCUAUGAUACGAAACUCUAUUGGGGUUAGAGCAGUGAUACGAAACUAUUGGGGUUAGAGCCUACUUUUGUGGAUAGUUUACAACACUGGGCCAGACUAAAACCGUAAGCUUUUCAAUGUUAUAAAAAAUUAUCAGAAAACGAACUAUACAUUUUUAUAUUUGAGAUAUUGAUAACCUAUCGUAGGUAAUUCAAGUUAAAUAUAUUGGCGUAAUACCGAGGUAAAAACCCAACUGCUACCUUCUAGGAUUUUUCUUUGAGCUACCUUGAUAAAAGUAGUUUGCUCAAUCGUUGGAGAAGUGGACUUUCAUUUUUUCCCCUCAUCUACCCUGCGGAUUACUAAAGUGCACUUCAUCAAUAGAUCCUAUCAGCUAAUCAGUUUUAUCAUUUCGUUUUUCAAAAGAUAGACAACCGUUGAUAGUAUUUUACCGAACUAAACAUGUCUGCUGCUGAGGAGGAGAGAUUCAAACUGGUCGUCGUGGGCGGGGGCGGUGUGGGGAAAAGCGCCUUGACCAUACAAUUCAUUCAGGUGAGAGAAUCCCCCAAUUGUUUGAACAUUGUCAACUGUGUGUUGUUUGUCUUGUAUUUGUCACAUCUUCUGAUAUGAUGAGUAUGUUAUAGUGGUAAUUGAAUAUGUGCAUAUUAACCCAUAUAGGCUAAAUAGUGUAGGCUAUUCUGUCUGUCUGUCUGUGUAGGUUAUUUGGUUAAAAACCUUGCUUUCCUCAUAACCACCAAAGCAAUAAUCACCACUUUUACCAGACAACAAACACAGUCUUCACCCAUGCUCUCCCAUCUCUUUCGCAGUCAUACUUUGUAUCGGAUUAUGACCCCACCAUCGAGGACUCCUACACCAAAAUAUGCACAGUGGAUGGGAAAGAGACACGAUUAGACAGUAAGUCAUACUGUAGGUUUACUGACGUUCUUUACUCCAAACAUAGAGGGAAAGCAUAAACUACUUGAACCAGUGAGUGAGCAAGGCCAACUCCGUCUGUAUGAUUCACCCACAUCUGCUCUGUUAGGACUUGCAGUUGGCAGAUCUUAAUGCUCUACCCCAAGGUGUAGUCUUUUCACUAUACCAUAACAAACGUGUUUCUGUCCAUCUGUGUUCAUAUUCAAGGGAUAUAACAAUAUGUAAGUGUACUAUGGCCUGUUGGCCUAUGUCGAGUUGGUUCACCCUGGGCAUUUACAUCUAAAAGCACCCAUGAGGACCAACGUGAAGUUCAUAGGAGCAUGUCAAAUUGCAUGUCAAAUUAAAGCUAAGUCUAUAUAGAAGAAAACAAAUUAAGACAUAUAUACAUUUUCAACCAUUUUCCAUCCUAAAAAUGAGGAAUAAUCAAAGGCUUUGAUUUCUGGUCGAACAGAUGGAAAGGGGGUCUUAGACAAUGUCUACCAGAUGUUUGUUUUUUUAAGGUAUUAUAAAUACAGCAAAACACAAUAAUGUUGAAGUAAAGACCCCUGCCAACUAAUAUCAACACUUAUAUUUAGUUCCAGAUAAAUUAUUUGCCUUCUGUAAGUUUAAGAAACAUUGCCUUGUCUUGUAAUAAACAAUAAUAUAAUAAUAAUAAUAAUAUGCCAUUUAGCAGACACUUUUAUCCAAAGCGACUUACAGUCAUGCGUGCAUAAAACAUUUUUUGUGUAUGGGUGGUCCCGGGGAUCGAACCCACUACCUUGGCGUUACAAGCGCCGUGCUCUACCAGCUGAGCUACAGAGGACCACAUGUCUUUAAGAUAUUUUCUAAGGAGGAUAAUGAAAGUUCACAGAAGUAACAAGCAAAGGUGGACAUACUAAUUAGUUAUAGGGUUUUUACUGACAUCAAGUUUGUUUAUGAAUUAUUAAGUGAUUAAAAUGUGUAAUUCUGUUACCAAAUCUGUAAUGGAAUUACUGAACAAUCAGUAACGGAAUUACUGCGAUUGAAUUGGCAAAAAUGGGAAGUCAUAGUAGUCACAAACCAUUUAAAUUUUGACAUUUGAGUCAUUUAGCAGAUGCUCUUAUCCAGAGCGACUUACAGUAGUGAGUGGAUACAUUUUUGUACUUUUUCCCCAUACUGGUCCCCCGUGGGAAUCAAACCCACAACCCUGGCAUUGCAAGCGCCAUGCUCUACCAACUGAGCCACAUGGGACAUUUGGGUCCACAGUUGGGUCACCUGCUAAUGUCCUCCCUUCCACUGGCAUACUGUUAUGUUCAGCUCAUAACUGUUUUCUUUCUCUUUCUGUUGUAUGGUGGUCAAAGCAAGACUGUGAAAACAGUCUGGACAACCCCUCACUCUCCCUCUCUCUCUCUUCUUUCUCUCUCCAGUUAAUGUCACCUCUCCCAACUCUUACUGACACCUACUACCCUCUUUCCAUUUACUGUAACAAGCAUCCUCAACCACUGAGCACCAACCGACACCGGACCUCCUUGGAUGUUGAAAAGUAAUAGAAAUUUGGUCAGUCCGCCCUGGCCGGACCAAAUCUGAACAAAUAAUAGACGUCUAUGUUUCACAAGUUUGGACAGUACAGUAAAGAAAAGGCAGUACAGCAGAGCACACUAGAGUACAGUAUAUUGUACUGUACUGAACAUAUCUACUGUACUGAACUGUACUCUACUGUCCAAUCGACAGUACUGUACUCUACUGUGCUCUUCAAUCGAACGCUGCUGGCUCCCGGCCACCCGACUAGAAUCACUACUCUCGACGGGUCUGACCUAGAGUAUGUGGACAACUACAAAUACCUAAGUGUCUGGUUAGACUGUAAACUCUCCUUCCAGACUCACAUUAAGAAUAUCCAAUCCAAAGUUAAAUCCAGAAUCGGCUUCCUAUUUCGCAACAAAGCCUCCUUCAAACAUGCCCUCGUAAAACUGACUAUCCUACCGAUCCUUGACUUCGGCGAUGUCAUUUACAAAAUAGCCUCCAACACUCUACUCAGCAAAUUGGAUGUAGUCUAUCACAGUGCCAUCCGUUUUGUCUCCAAAGCCCCAUACACUACCCACCACUGUGACCUGUACGCUCUUGUUGGCUGGUCCUCAUUACAUGUUCGUCAUCAAACCCACUGGCUCCAGGCCAUCUAUAAAUCACUGCUAGGCAAAUCCCCGCCUUAUCUUAGCUCAUUGGUCACCAUAGCAACACCCACCCGUAGUAUGCGCUCCAGCAGGUAUAUCUCACUGGUCUUCCCCAAAGCCAACACCUCCUUUGGCCGCCAUUCCUUCCAGUUCUCUGCUGCCAAUGACUGGAACGAAUUGCAAAAAUCUCUGAAGCUGGAGACUCUUAUUUCCCUCACUAACUUUAAGCAUCAGUUGUCAGAGCACCUUACCGAUCACUGCACCUGUACACAGCCCAUCUGAAAUUACCCCUAAUUUGCACCCCAGUAUCUCUAUUUGCACAUAAUCUCUUGCACAUCUAUCAUUCCAGUGUUAAUACUAAUUGUAAUUAUUUAGCACUAUAGCCUAUUUAUUGCCUUACCUCCAUAACUUGCUACAUUUGAACACACUGUAUAUAUAUUUUUUCUGUUGUAUUUUUUUGACUUUAUGUUUUGUUUUACCCCAUAUGUAACUCUGUGGUGUUGUUUUUAUUGCACUGCUUUGCUUUAUCUUGGCCAGGUCGCAGUUGUAAAUGAGGACUUGUUCUCAACUGGCUUACCUGGUUAAAUAAAGGUGAAAUAAAAAUAAACUGUAAUGUCCAAACCUGAGAAACAUAGACGUCUAUGAUUGGUUCAGAUUUGGUCUGGUCCGGAUCAACCAAAUCUGGUCUUGUUUGGAGGCAGAGCUCAUUAGAAUAAUAGCCAGUGUGUACGAUAAUACCCAAAUAUGAAAACGAAGGAUAUUGCAUAUUUCUACCUUUUUGUGUACUGUGAUCGGUCCAGAGGGUUUCCGAUCGAUGCGGUAGCGAGGGGUGGUGUAAACAGAGGAAAAGUUGGCUUUUUAAGUUGCAAAAAUCGAAAUGAUAUAUUUAAUGUUCACCGAAUGGCACUCGGCCGGUUCAAGAAAGAGGAAACAAAAUCCAUGCCCGGUUUAGAGCACUUCACUUACAAACCAAAGAGCCUUUUGAUAAUCACCUAAUUAAAUAGUCUAUUUUGUGGCCAACUAACUUGGCUUUGGCGCGCGGCUACAGGAAUCAGUCACGCAAGCGCUUCCUCUUUUAAGCCGUUCUAUGUCUCUCAGUGUCCUCUUCUGUUGUUUUUAUCCUGUCUUCGUUCUAUAUUUCUCCUUAUUUCUUUGUCUGUUCCUUUGCAUCUGCACAGUUCUUUCAGUAAAUGUGUUUUUGUGAAAUGUUCUGUGUAAAUUGUGCAUAGAGUUGUAUGGUUUGAAUUUUGAAAUCAAUGGUUUGUGUUUGGCAUACAUUUUAAAUAGAAAAUCUGAGUCAAAGCGUAAUUUAGUUUCCGUGGAAAUGCCCCCCUACUGGCACAAAGGGAGGGUGUUGCGCUUGUCAGGGAGCCUUCCCUGCACCACUCCUGAAUGUUUUUUACUAUGUUGCAUCUACAGUGCAUUUGGAAAGACCCCUUGACUUUUUCCACAUUCUGUUACGUUAGUCUUAUUCUAAAAUGUAUUAAAUUAUGUGGUUUCCUCAUCAAUCUACAGACAAUACCCCAUAAUGACAAAGCAAAAACAGGUUUUAGAGAUUUUUUCAAAUGUAUUAAAAAUAAAAAACAGAUGCCUUAUUUACAUAAGUAUUCAGACCCUUUGCUAUGAGACUCGAAAUUGAGCUCAGGUGCAUCCUGUUUCCAUUGAUCAUCCUUGAUGUUUCUUCAACUUGAUUGGAGUCCACCUGUGUUAAAUUCAAUUGAUUGGACGUGAUUUGGUAAGGCGCACACCUGUCUAUAUAAGGUCCCACAGUUGACAGUGCAUGUCAGAGCAAAAAACCAAGCCAUGAGGUCGAAAGAAUUGUCUGUAGAGCUCCGAGACAGGAUUGUGUCGAGGCACAGAUCUGGGGAAUGGUACCAAAAAAUGUCUGCAGCAUUGACGGUCCCCAAGAACCCAGUGGCCUCCAUCAUUCUUAAAUGGAAGAAGUUUGGAACCACCAAGACUCUUCCUAGAGCUGGCUGCCAGGCCAAACUGAGCAAUUGGGGGAGAAGGGCCUUGGUCAGGGAGGUGACCAAGAACCCAAUGGUCACUCUGACAGAGCUCCAGAGUUCCUCUGUGGAGAUGAGAGACCCUUCCAGAAGGACAACCAUCUCUGCAGCACUCCACCAAUCAGGCCUUUAUGGUAGAGUGGCCAGAUGGAAGCCACUCCUCAGUAAAAGGCACAUGACAACCCGCUUGGAGUUUGUCAAAAGGCACCUGAAUGCCAAGCGUCAUGUCUGGAGGAAACCUGGCACCAUCCCUACGGUGAAGCAUGGUUGUGGCAGCAUCAUGCUGUGAGGAUGUUUUUCAGCGGCAGGGACUGGGAGAAUAGUCCGAAUCGAGGAAAAGAUGAACGGAGCAAAGUACAGAGAGAUCCCAGACUGGGGCGAAGGUUCAACUUCCAACAGGACAACGAAAAACCUGUUUUUGCUUUGUCAUUAUGGGGUAUUGUGUGUAGAUUGAGGGAAAAAAACAAUUAAAUACAUUUUUGAAUAAGGCUGUAAUGUAACAAAAUGUGGAAAAAGUCAAGGGGUCUGAAUACUUUCCGAAUGCACUGUAUGUCACUGUAUCCAUAUAUUUCUCUCUGUGGACAUGCAUCUGAAUCUUUGUGUGUGUCAGUCUUGGACACAGCAGGUCAAGAGGAGUUUGGGGCAAUGAGGGAGCAGUACAUGCGCUCAGGAGAAGGCUUCUUGCUUGUGUUCGCUCUGAAUGACACUGGCAGGUAAGAAUCAUGUGUGCAUCUGUCUGUCUGUUUGGGUGGAUGCAUGUACACAGUCUAUCUCGAGUCACAGGCAAACUGUAGAUUCAAACCAGUGUUCCCAACUACACAACAUACUCUGAAGUCCUCAGAGCUCAAGCAUUUGUCAGGGCUACAGUACUCAAGGUUUCAGGAAGGAAACGUCACUGUUUACGAUUAGGAAUGCACAUUUCGGUCAAUUUUGCUGCCGACUAACUGACCCUCAUUAACCGUUCAACGAACUGUAAAAAAAAUAAUUAAAAAAAUCCAGCCAGUAAAAUGAUGUGACCCAACAGAAAAUACUAUCAGAGAUCUGUAUAUAAUGUUGAGAUGCUUAUGUUUUUGCUCUAACAAUGGGAGUCAUCCCAAGGCGGGAAGGCAGGCGACAAGCUUAGGCCCAAAAUAAGCCCAUAGAAAUGCAUUGGCCAGUAUUUUGGACAGAUUUUGGCGCGUCGCCUCUUCCUCUCUGAUAUUAUGCAUGCACACAAGGACCAGACAUUUUUCAUUAAGCGCUUAUGGCGAAUGGGAGACGUGCUUUACGAGUUGAGAUUGAGAAAUAAAAUAGCUCCUUUUUAACACAAGGUUGCAUUUAGAAUUGUUAUUUGUUGCGCAAUGACUGGGCUUACAAAAGCAGGUUUCACUCCAGUGCCUACAGGCUUUUUGAGGAGCUACUCUCGUGCUGUCUGGUAGGCUAUUCCUCUCCUUAAACUAGGCUCUCUGUACGCUGUGCAUGUGUGAUAAAUAAAAUGUAUGACGACUAAUGAAAAUACAUAUGCUGCAAUUUAAUGUAAAAAAAUUAUACUAAGUAACCUAUAGACCAGAGUUCCCCAACUGGCGUCCCAAAUUUGGCCUGUGGGUGGUUUUAUUUGCCCCCCCCCCCCCCAAGUUUUCGGAGCGAAAAUUAAAUAAAGACAUUUGAAUUUUCAUUGUUGGACAUAAAAGACUGUAAAAAUACCAGGAAAUCAGCUCUAAGUUAUUUUAAUUUUGGAAAUCUGUUCCCAAGUAUUCCCACGCGUAAUAUAGAGAUGUGAUCGUAAACAAAUAAUAAUAAUUAAUAAUAGAUUGGAUUUAUAUAGCACUUUUCUACCAGCUGAGGUACUCAAAGUGCUUUAUAUAGUAGGGGGGAAACUCACCUCAACCACCUCAGUGAUGCACGCGACCAUUUUUGUGCCAGAACUCUCUCUACACAUCAGGUGGAGAGGUGAGGAGUGAUAUAUGCCAAUAAGGAAUGAGGGGGAGGAUUAGGUGGCCAUGAUGGAAUGUGGCGAGGUAGAACAUUUUGCCAUGACACCGGGGUGAACACCCCUACUCUUUGAAUAACCGCAGAGUCAGGACACCCGUUUAACGUCCCAUCCGAAAGACGGCACCCUACGCAGGGCAAUGUUCCCAAAUGUAAUCAAGGUUUGAAAUGAUAUAUUUGAUUAUAUACAAGAAAUACAUACUUGUAUAUACAAGAAACAACAAAAAAGUAGUUUGAUUUAUGCCAAUGAAUAUGACUCUUCUUUGCUUUAGGGGGCAUAUACACUUGCAAAGAGCCUCUUCUGACAGUCCUCCACAAAGCUGCUUUUUUAACAGUAGAUUGAACUAAUGGAUUGCACCUUUUAAGGACAUAAAGCAAUUAUGAUCAGUUCCUAAUGUGUUCUCGUUUCGGUCACUUUCCUUCCCUUUUUUUUCAGUUACAAUGAGAUCCACAAGUUCCACACUCAGAUACUGAGAGUGAAGGACCGGGAUGACUUCCCCAUGGUGCUGGUGGGGAACAAGGCUGACCUGGACCAGUCGAGAGUGGUACUGACCUUCACUGUCGUUGUCAUGUUAAAGGAGAUCUUCUGCUAGCUAUAAUAAUGCCAAUUUAUAUCCUACUGGUUCAAAAUCUCAGGCCUCGAAAAGACGUUUGAGUUGCCAACAGGAGGCGAGUGGCUACAAGUGUUUCUUUGGCUAGAUCUAAUACUACCACCUUAUUCUUACUCAGUUUACCGGAAUAAGGAAAUGAAACUGCUGCUGGCCUGUCGGGUGCUUUUAACCUGAGUGUAUGUACCUCUCUCUGUCCUGUCUGUAGAUCUCCAGAGAGGAGGCCCAGGGCUUUGCUAGAGAGAACAGGAUCCAUUACAUGGAGGCCUCUGCUAAAAACCGCUACAACGUAGACGAAGCCUUCCUGGAGGUGGUGCGAGCUAUAAGGUAACGUCAUAACGUUAACAGCUAGCUGCAAGGUAGGCUGUUUUUAAAUAUAGAAUUAUAUUGCAGAAAGCUGUAAGGUACUUUAUAAUAAGUCAUCAUGUUUAUAGCUAGAUGAUUAGAAGAGUUGGUGACCAGAGGCAGAGUUGAGGGACAGACAUUGUGGUGUCCAUUACAGCCUACUCCUGAGUCGGAAGUAUCCAAUGCUUUUUCCCUCACUCUCUCCCACUCCCUCCCUCUCUCUCUUUCUCUCUCUCUCUCUUUCUCUCUCUCUCUCAUUCUCUUUUUUAAAAAACACAGAAAGUUUCAGGAGACUGAGAGUCCCCCUCUACCUGCCAACCACACUGGAAAACGGAAGAGCGGUGGCUGCCCCUGCACCCUCCUUUAACCGCUCCCUCCCCUGGCAUAGCACUGUUGUCACAGAGACCAAAACCCCCUCACCUCACCACUGAUGCAAGUCUUGUCUGACUUACCUGGAGGGAAAUGGGAAGAUUGGGCAAGGGAGGGGAAAGAUAUACACUUGGAAAUGCAAAAAAACUGUAUGGUGAGGUUUGGGGAAUGGGAGGGAAAUGGGAAGAUUGGGCAAGGGAGGGGAAAGAUAUACACAUGGAAAUGCAAAAAAACUGUAUGGUGGGGAAUGGGGUAGGGAUGUGUGUGGUAGAGGUUGCUUACGUCAAUGGUGGGCAAAGUGGUGGAGUGUAACAUUUCUUUAAUGGUUUCAUUCACACUUAGAAAUUAGCAUCUUUAAACUUUUUUUAUAUACUUUUUUUGUAUUUGCGGUUUUGUUAUUUCAUUAUUGAGCUAGGAUGUAUAGGGAGAGGCCUUGCGCUAGAUGAGGCCACAGACUGAAGAAAGAAAGAAAGAAAGAAAGAGAGAGAGGAGGAGGGAUGGUAAGGAGGGAGAUAUCACAGAGACUGUGUUUUGGUUAGCUUCCUACGUUGGGUCAACCUAAAUGGAAGUCACUGGUUUGACAUUGCUGGAAGGAUCGGAUAAUUUAGAAACUAGAGGGCGCUGUAAUUCAUACCUACAACAGGAAAGGAAGGGAGCCCAGUUAAACGGAAUAGACAAUUCGAUUUUUGAAAGACCGCAUGGAAAAGAGUGAGAGAUGAAGAAGAAGAAGCAGAAUGAGAGUGAAAGGAUAUAUUUGAAACACUGGUACUUUUUCACAGUGUAGUGUACAUGACCACAGAAUAUAUCAUAUUUUUUGCACAACUUCAACUUAUGGACUGGUAGGCAAAAGUAGUUUGACACUAAAGUGCUAUUGUUUAUUUUAAAAUGACGGGGUGGACGUUUAGGCGUGUCCAGGUACUUUUGUCUAUGCAUACAGGUGUAGGCCUGCUUUUUAAGUCAUUUUUAUUGUAAUGCUGUUUGCAAAUGUUUUUUAGUGUCACACCGCUACGAACCAUCAAGGAGUUCGUUUUUGAGUUGUAUUAAAUGAAUGAGUCAAAGCUAAUGAAGAUCUGUUGAAAAGCUGCAGACAAGGCAUCAUUCCUAUCGACCAAAAUAAUUGUGGGUCCAACAAUGAGAACAAAUGCAGUGUACUUAUAAUAUUGGUGUAAAGUUCAAUAGAGUACAGGCUUAACUGAAUUAACAACAGAGAGAAUGCAAAAUGGAAUUCUAUUAAAUAGUUUGGGGUAUGGCCUCGUCUCCGGGGAUUGCUCCUCAGAGCCAGAUGCUGGUGACGGGUAGCUCUUUACUGGGCAGCUGGCAUCGGAAACCAAACCCCCUGCCGGUUAUUAUAGCUGGUGGUGGUGGGGAGGUGGAUGGUUGUUGACAACUGUUGAUGUAAAACAGAAAGUUUGAGAACAUGGGUAAGUUGACAUAUAAAUACGUCCCAAGAUUUACGCCCAUUGGUUUAGAGAGAGGAUGAUGAUAAUUGCAAGAGCGAGCCCAUAGGUUGAACAGCAAGCAUGA